GUUGGGGUGGUCUGGCAGGUAGUCAAAAAGGCGCCCCUCUUCCUCGUCCACCCCCUUGCUCCCGUUCCCCCUUCCUCCCCUUCUUCCCAGACAUCCGACGUCGUGGCUUUUUCGCAGCGUGGCUCCUGAGAGGCCGGGACCCUUUGCCCGGGGGCCGGAUGCUGCCUCCUGCUCAAGGCUCUGGGGCCUGGCGACGCCCAGCGGCCAGCGGCCGCGAACCAGCGUUGUCAUUUUAUGAUUCUAUCGUGUCAGGCUGACUUCGGCUUCGACUGCCACAGGCCAGCGGGGCCUGACCCCACCCCAGCCCCCAGGCCCGACCCGGCCCGCCAAUGUGCCGCGGCGGCUUGCUCCUGCUGGCCGCGGCUGCCCAGUGCGCUGCGGCCCCCGGCGCCGGCGACCUCGCCUCGGGAGGCGCGGCGCGCUCGGAGGCGGAGGCGGAGGGCCAGCAGGAGUGCGAGCACGCGGCCAUGCGCCUGCAGGCCCUGCAGACGCGCUCGUCGCUGGCGGGCGCGCGCUCGCACGAGGACCCCGAGCCCGAGGCCGCGGACCCUGGCCCCAAGCCCCUGGGGCCUGCGGAUCUGGACAUGCGGGAGUUGACCGGGUACGCGGAGGGCAACCCGUACGUGCCCGGGCCCAACGUCUACCUCAAGGAGAUGGUGGACCCGAGCAAUUAUUGGGGCUAUUGCCUGGACAUCGCUGGGUCUCCACCCAAGCCCCUCUGCGAGUCGGUGCAGGGCCACUCCUGCAAGACCGAGGGCGAGGACACCAGUUCACAUAUGAUAUCGAGAAGCAUGAGAUUCGUUCGGUCAACUUCAACCAUGAGUGCGACGCGCUGUAUAGCGGGAACAACAGCGUCAGGGUUUGGGAGGCCGCCGUCGACAACGCCAAGCAGGCUUGCCUCCAGGUCGACGGGGACUUUGUGGCGGGCGCCACCCUGAGCAUGGGUAAGUGCGACGGCCAAGGGCAGCAGAAGUUCAUCUAUACGCCCAAGAUGCAAUUUGCCGUCGGGGACGGCACCCUCUGCCUCGUCCUUGGCACCGAGAGGGAGGCCUUGCCGGACAUGAUGAUGCGCUCCGCCGAGCUCCAGAGGUGCGAUUCGUGGCCGUCCGAGCUGUCCACGUGGGAGGUCCUCUUGGAGGACCACGUGCCGCUCUCGUCGCUGCAGUGAGCGGCGACCGCUGCUCCCCCCUGGCGGACUCCUGGGGGAAUUCGUUAGAAUUUUUCCCACACGCACUAUUGUAGGCAUGUCUCUUUUCUCAUGAGUUUUUUGACAGUCUACGGUAGUCUGCGAUAUUCAUGGAGGCGGUCUUUCAUGAAGAGGUGAUGCCCUUCAUGCAAUUUUUAGCUAUGUUGGUGUAUUUCCAUUAGCACGUCACCUACUACUACUAUUGCGACUGUUCAUGUCCUGGGCAUUACAGUGUCUGAGCUCUGAUUGAGAACGGAUUGAACGCCCGUUCUUCCUUUAGCCGCCUGAGCGCAGUGCACGAUAGCGCUCGCCGUGUCCUCGGAAAAUUGUGGCCAGAGA